GGACGACAACCUCAUUUUGUCCAUGCCCCGCUCUGAGCUCUUCUCCUCAUGCAUUGUAAAAUCAUUUACUGGCUUUUUGUUUUUUAUUUUAUUUUCUCGCAGGUUCACUUAUAGCAGAAAUUCCCAUUCAAAAUAACUCCUGGAAUUAUGGAUUAUAUUGUUGUUGUUGUUGUUGAUGCGGAUUGUUGCCAAACUAACCCGGAGUGUGGGAAGACCCCCUAAAGUCUCCUUUGCACAGAAGGGUACUUGUUUUCCGUGUCUUUAAUGGGAUCAUGAAUUGAGUAUUCCUCCGGUGAAGGCACAGUAAGCCUCCCCCGUUCUGGACCUGUGCAGUCCCUCUAGUUAGCUGCACAGCAAACCCAACGGUGGGAACGGAUAAUAAUUAGCCAAUUAGGCUUCAUUUAAGCUCCGAGAGACAUUUCACCCUGCUCCUAAUAAGCCUUUCGGGUUUAAGAGUGAGUCAAGGAAGACGUUAUUUUACAAGUCAAACGAGGUUUAAGAGAGCUAGACUUUAUCAGAGACCUCUCUGAGUUUCUUAUUGUAAAGAAGGCAAAAACUGAAAUACAUUUCAAAUAGGUUCCUCUGAGAAGCUGCGUCAGUGGUCCCCGCAGAGUUUUAUAGAGACACUUUUGGACUUAAUAGCCUCUUCACGAGACUCGUCGGCAACUUGAAACAAGAAGGAGCUGCUCAAAUAAACUAAGGUUUCAGUGGAGAUAGUGAGGAUGAAAACAAAAAUCAAGUCAAGCACGGGCAGAGAGCUGCUGAUGCCGAAGCUAUUUUAUAUUCAGAAUUCAGACAAAACUAGUCAGAACGAGCUGGACCCUCACUGGGUGAGUAAGGGCAACCCAACCCGCUCUUCACAAGUCUCCAAAAUAUCUGUCUGUUCCGUUGUCGUCACGACAUUCAAAUGGCCACUUCAGUUCAAUAUGUUGACACAAAGUGCCGGAGCCCUUGGACCCAGACCCUGCAGUCAUUCACCCUCAGUGCCAUGGUACAAGCCUCGUCCAGCUGUGAAUGGAGGGUGGUCUGACGGUGACGUUGCCCAUCUCUUGGACCACUCGCUAAGUCUCACUUCUGUGUGUGUGUGUGUGUAUUGUAGCCCUGUUGUUUCUUGCCGAAACAUCGCCAUCCUUUGUUCCUCGCAGGAACAAUGGAUAUUGUACAGUGAUCCACAAAGACGAGCUCUCUUCGAGGCUCUUGCAUUUCAGUGCUGUCUCUCGAUUGCCUGGUGACGCCUGUGACUGCGGCGGAGAGGGCUGGACCUGAAGCGAACUGAGAGCUCUUGGAACAAGCAUAUGAGCCAUUACAUAUAGAUGAAAUCAGCGCUGAUGUUUUUUUAGCGACAGCAGGGCAGCUCCGCACAGGAACCCUUCUUGUUGUUGUGGAGUACCUGAUCAGAAGCUACAGAUGUUCCCGGUCACGCAGCCUUGGCUUUGCAAGGCCCUAGGUUGUUAUGAUUGCUGUAUCCGGUGCCUCGGGGCAGUGCCCUACCCCUCUCUGGUGGCCACCUUGCUGUGCUAUGCUGGCAUGGCGUUAUUUUGUGGCUGUGGGCACGAAGCCUUGGCCCAAACCGAAAUCCUUGUCGAGACCUACUUUGCACGCAAUGUUCAGGACUUUUCCGUCAUGGCCUCCUUUAUUAAGUACUUCCAGUACGCGAUCUACGGCCUGGCAUCGUUCUUCUUCCUCUACGGUAUUCUGCUGCUGGCCGAAGGUUUUUAUGCCACGAGUGCGGUCAAGCAGAAAUUCGGCGAGUUCAGGAGCACCCAGUGUGGCCGCUGCCUGAGCCUUACGUUCAUCAUCGUGACAUAUGUUCUGGCGUUCAUCUGGCUGGCCGUCUUCGCCUUCAGCGCCAUCCCCGUCUUCUUCCUGUUCAACAUGGAGCAGACCUGCCAUAACGUCAACAUCCUGGCCGAGACGACCCCGAGCAUUAAUCAGCACGGCUGGAUCUGCAUGGACGCCCGGCAGUACGGUCUACUUCCUUGGAAUGCGACGCCAGGCAAAUCUUGUGGAAUGACCUUGGCGUCUAUUUGCAAAACCAGUGAAUUCCACGUCACCUACGACCUGUACAUAGCUGCGUUUGCUGGCGCUGGGAUCACCCUGUUGGCUCUGUUUGUGUAUUUGGUGGCCACAACCUACAACUACGCAGUGUUGCGGUUCCUUGGCAGAAAAGGCAUCCGCUAAAUCUCCGGCGAACACCAUCCCCUGCUAAUGAAAGGAAGGAUCUCCAUUCAUCCUCUGGGAAACAGCAGCAUUCAAACACGGACGGCCUGCUUUUGUUUGUUAACCAACAGAGGCUUUUCAUUUUUUUGUUUGAACAGCAGAGAGAUGAAGAUAAUUCAUCACCAGCAGCGCGCUCUGGUCUCAUCCUCCACUCAGAUGACUCUCCUGCUUUUGUUGUUCGCUUGCUUACUGCUGCUGUUGUCAGAUUGUGAUAUACGGUGCUUCGUAAAUAAAUAAGAGCGACGACAGCUCCACGUCCAAGUGACAACAGCCAGCACACCCUUCUGUGUGUACUGAUGCAGACACGGGGUCUAUGAUCUCAUUAUCACCACGCCGUCAUUACUUCAUGCUCUAAAACAAGUAAAGCUGCAGGUACGAGUCCUCCAGCAGCAGCGGUUUGGUUUAUCCUGCCAUCGCCCUCUUUUUAUUCACCUAUUAGUCGUGACACAUUAAUGUCACCGGCACAUUCAUUUCCCUUUAUUAAAACAUUCAGCUACGGGUGGAUUUUAACUCCUAACAGACGAGGUAUCACGUGUAUUCAGAUACAAUGCACUGUGACUCUUUUAACUACUUGCUGCAUGUUAAAAUAAAAUGCUUAUUACAAUA